AUGAGCUUAUCCACUUUUCAAAUUAACCUCCUGCAUCAAUUUAAACAAAUUGGACAAAUUGUUGCGCCAUUCGAAGAUGGCGGCAUUUUAAAUUAUUUAUUUGAACCAAUUCAAGUGAACAGUACACUGGUGAAUAUUUCAUCUGUCAACAGUUCAGUGACAUUAUUAAAAUUCAUUGAGAUAAAUAAUACUUAUACAUUUAUUAAUAGUAUGAUCAGUCGUAUGCUAUUCGAUAGUGUUCAAAAUAUCAAUGUAUAUAAUGUAAUCUCAACAACCAAUCAAAAUCCAAGCAAUGCUCAAUUGUUGAAUACCACUUCAGGAAACAUGACAAGGAGAUUUUUAGCUGUGAUUAUUAUUGAAUGCCUUUUAUUCCUGAUCGCCUUUAUCAUUAGUCUGCUGUAUUUUGUAAUAAUCUUUUGUUGUCCUUCUUGUAUGAGUAACCUUGAAAUGCCUUCAAAGUAUUUUGAAAUUUCACAAAUAUUGAAACAAGAUAGUAGCAGCAGUUUUUCAAAUAAUAAUAAUAACGCCAACAAUAAUGUAAAUUCAAUCUACGCUGUAAAAGGCCCACUUCCCAAUGGAGAUAUUGAAAAUUUCACCCAAAAAGCAUAUCAGCAAGAAUUAAGAACAUUGGAAUGGUUACAACGAUCGGAUACAAGAAGAAUAUCUACAAAUUCUUCUGAUAUCUACAUCAAUGAUCCAGGUGAUAGAUUUAAACAAAUAAAUAAACCAUCAUCAUUCAUGGAUUCAAUGGAUUCUUCUACAAUUAUAUUCGACGAUUUAAGUGGUGGAAUUCCGAAAGCCCGCGAAAAUCAAUCAGCAUUACCAAUUAUUCAACCAUUUCAAUACAAGAGACAUAGAAAUGCUUAUCUUAUCUUAAAGAUUACAAUUUAUGCAUUCAUAUUUCUACUAAUUUGUUUAUGCACCAUUUGUUUAUAUACUAUGGACUAUACGUAUGCUCAAUUUAAUCCUAAAUUAUUAGAUAAUUCAACUAAUCAAACAUUAAUAACAUUUAGAAAUUCGUUAAUGAAUGAAGUAGUCAGGAGAUUGCCUGACUAUCUAGAGGAGAUAAUAAUUCAAGGGCAGACAGAAACUGAAAGAAUAUUUCAAACUGUUGAAAAGGAAAUAGAUAAACAACUGAUGUCAACUGUUGGCACAAUAAUGACAUCUCUAUUGGAUGCAUAUAAACUCACUCGGUGUUGA